UUUUUAUUACUAAUAUAAGUUUGUAUGGUCAUUCCCAAACAAGGAAACAUCAUAAUUAUUAGGGAUGUACCGAUAUAAUAAUAAAUCCAUAAUUUUAGGAGUGAAUGGAGUAUACUGCAUCUUUUUUUUUUUUUUUUUUUUCAGGUGUCUCGAAUCUUACCAAAUGGCUUACUCUAUUAAAAGCCCAAAACCAAAAUAGCAAAUGCUAGAAAUUUGGACCCAACUCAACUCGACGUCUCAGCCCAAUAUUUUAGGCCCGCGUGAAAUAUCCCAUCUCUCUCCCUCUGUAUCGUUCCCGUCACACCCACAGCAGAACUUCCAAAUCUGCAACACUCUCUUAUCAGAUCCCUUCUUCUUCCUCUUCGUACGCGUUAAUUACAACAGAAAUAACUCCCAAAUCUGAAUUUUCUCCUAUUUCUUCCUCCUUCCUCACAAAUCCCGCAGAAAACUCGCCGUUCAUCGCCGCCCUCGACUAUAACCAGCAGCAAAUAGACGGCGGCGGCAGCUCCUCGUCGGCGCCUUCCCUCAAUUUCAAUAUUGAACUCACCAUCAAAACUCGGCAGACUUGUUGCUGAGAAAAGAAAUUAAGAUAUGGCGGCUUAUUAGGGAAAGAGUAAUCACUUAAAAGCGUGAAACUAUAAGUAGCGCUUUCUGUGAUUUCAUUUUAUUUAACAAGACAACCCAAUCUUUUCUCAUCCUCCUCCCACUCACCAACCGCCACUGCGCAUCGCUUCUUCAACCUUUUAGCUCCUCAGUUUUCCACCAACUCUCUCUCUCUCUCUCUCUCUCUCUAUAUAUAUAUAUAUAUAUAUACAUACAAAUAUAUUUACAUAUAUAUAGAUAUACUGAACCAAACAUCUCUGCUUGCGUGAAUCUUACUAUCUUCGGAAUUUCAAGCAGUGAAACAUUCAUUUGGAGAGAAGAAAUGUCGCAAGAAGGAGAUGGAUCAGCAGACACUGUGCUGUCUCCAUACGAUGACGCGAUGGAGGCUCUGUCUUCACUGAUAACAAAGCGCAGCCGAGCUGAUAAGAGCAACAAUGGGGAUCGAUUCGACAUAUUGUUUGACUACAUUAAGAUGCUCGAACUAGAGGAGCCAAUAAAACAGAUGAAGGUUAUUCACGUGGCAGGCACCAAAGGAAAGGGGUCGACUUGCACUUUCACAGAAUCUAUUCUACGUUGCUGCGGCUUCCAUACUGGGCUUUUCACAUCCCCUCACCUUAUUGAUGUUCGAGAAAGAUUUAGGCUGGAUGGUUCAGAUAUUUGUGAAGACAAGUUUCUGGAAUACUUUUGGUGGUGUUGGGAUCGACUAAAGGAAAGAACCUCCAAUGAGGUACCUAUGCCAACAUAUUUCCGUUUCCUUGCCUUGCUUGCCUUUAAGAUAUUUGCAGCUGAGCAGGUUGAUGUUGUCAUUUUGGAAGUUGGUUUAGGUGGAAAAUUUGAUGCUACAAAUGUGGUUGAAAAUCCAGUUGUCUGUGGCAUAGCAUCCCUAGGGUAUGACCACAUGGAAAUUCUUGGAAAUACACUUGGACAAAUUGCUGGGGAAAAAGCUGGAAUCUUCAAGAGAGGUGUUCCAGCUUUUACCGUACCACAACCUGAAGAAGCAAUGACUGUUCUUGUGCAGAAGGCCUCAGAGCUUGAUGUAAAUCUUCAAGCAGCUGAUCCUUUAGAUCCUAGCCUCCUGACUGACGUGCAUCUUGGGCUUGAGGGUGAGCACCAAUACGUAAAUGCAGGACUUGCAGUCGCAUUAUGCUCAACUUGGCUUCAGAGGACAGGUCAUGUUGGAAUCAAUUACUUGAACCAGAAUACCUCUCUUCCUGAGGAAUUCAUCAGAGGGCUUGCAACUGCUUCUUUGCAAGGACGUGCUCAGAUUGUCCCUGAUCAUCUCAUUGAGAGUGAGAGCCCAGGAGAUCUUGUGUUCUAUUUGGAUGGUGCCCACAGUCCAGAAAGUAUGGAUGUGUGUGCAAAAUGGUUUUGUCUAGCAACCAAAGAAGAUCAUAGACCUUUGUAUAACCAGUCUAACAAUGAUGCUAAAGGAUCACAAGAUUCAGGAAAGAAUGCACCAGUUGGAAAACUUUCUACUCAGAUUCUGUUGUUCAACUGUAUGUCUGUGAGAGACCCUCAGUUGCUUCUUCCACGCUUGAUAAAUGCAUGUGCUAGCCAUGGAGUCCACUUCAAGAAGGCCUUAUUUGUUCCAAACACAUCAGUGUAUUACAAGGUGGGAUCUGCUUUACCUGCUGCUGAUGCUCAAGUAGAUUUAUCAUGGCAGAUGACACUUCAAAGAUUAUGGGAAAGUCUCGUUGUUGGGGAAAAAGGUAGAGAUCCCAAAAACGCAGAAUUAACUUGUGAAGCAGGCAGUGAUGAUACUGAGAAAGGUAGUCAUAGCUCUGAGAGCAGCACAGUUUUUACAUCACUUCCUUUAGCUAUUAACUGGCUGAGGGACAGCGCCCGGAAAAAUCAAUCUGUUCGUUUCCAGGUACUGGUGACGGGUUCGUUGCAUUUAGUAGGCGACGCCUUGCGAUUAAUCAAGAAGUAAAGUUGGUACGGUACGAUAGAUCACAGAUUUCUCUACAUUUGAUUUCGUCCAUCAUUCCUUGAUGAUUAUAGACUCGACAAGCAAAAGGUGUCUCUUUUAUUUACUAACAGUGGAAAUAUUGUAUCUAUCAUCCAUCACAUUUGUGUUUCUAUGAAAUUUAUUACUCUCA